UUCCGCGAUCGUAGAGAGAAGGCAGGCAUACGUGGAAGUGGGUGUGACUACCGACUCCUUCUUGGUUUGGAGUGGAAUCUGUGGAGUAGUGCAUCCACCGUUGGAGCGGAAGCCUGCAGAAGUUCCAGAUCAAAAGCAACAAAAUGUCCCAGCAACAAUACUACCCUUUCAAGUGUACACCCACGGUGUACCCAGCAGAGCCCUUCGAUCCCAUCGCAGAUGCAGCGAUUUUGCGAAAGGCAAUGAAAGGUUUUGGUACCGAUGAAAAAGCAAUCAUCGAUGUGCUGACCAAGAGAGGAAUAGUUCAACGUCUAGAAAUUGCAGAGGCUUUUAAAACUCAGUAUGGAAAGGACUUAGUCAGUGAUUUGAAGGGUGAGCUCACCGGGAAGCUCGAGGACGUUAUCGUUGCUCUUAUGACCCCACUUCCCCAUUACUAUGCCAAAGAACUUCAUGACGCUGUUGCUGGACUUGGUACCGAUGAGGAAGCGAUCAUAGAGAUCCUCUGCACGCUGAGCAACUAUGGAAUCAGAACCAUUGCUGCUUUCUAUGAAAAUUUAUACGGCCAUACUUUGGAAAGCGACUUGAAGGGUGAUACCUCAGGACAUUUCAAAAGAUUGUUGGUUUCUUUAUGCCAAGCCAACCGGGAUGAAAACCAGGAAGUCGAUGUGAGACAAGCCCAAGCUGAUGCCAAUGCUCUUUAUGAAGCUGGUGAAAAACAAUGGGGCACUGAUGAAUCACAAUUCAAUGCCAUCUUGAUUUCUCGCAGCUACCAACAAUUGCGGCAAACUUUCCUUGAGUAUGAAAAAUUGUCUGGUCAUGACAUUGAAGUUUCUAUUAAGAAGGAAUUCUCUGGCAGUAUUGAAAAAGGACUUCUGGGCAUUGUAAAGUGUGUCAAGUCAAAGGUGGGAUUCUUUGCCGAACGCCUGUACGCCAGUAUGCAUGGAAUUGGAACUAAGGAUCGUACUCUCAUCCGUAUAAUCGUUUCACGCAGUGAAAUUGACCUCGGAGAUAUUAAGAAAGCCUUUGAGGACCGUUAUGGAAAAUCACUUGAAAGUUGGAUUGCUGGAGAUACGUCUGGCGAUUACAAGAAGGCUCUGCUCUCUCUAGUUUCCACAUAAAUGUGAUGAAAAUUGAUAAUGUUGCCUAGCUUUUAGUACGUUCACUAUUAUUUGACUUGAACCAGUCAAAAUCUGCCGCUUCGAUAAUAACAUUGAAUUCCAGCCAGUGAUAUAGAUACAUAUAAAGGUCAACUGCCAAAUUGAAGCUAAUUUCUCAAACCGGCUGGUCAAGCAAAGCUCAGUAGUUUCCAGAAUAAAUAAUUUUUUACACAAUUUACAAUCUUCAAAAUUGUGAAUCACUUUAAAAGUACAUUUCUUCACACGAAUAUUUAUAAAGAUAUAAAAAAAAAGAAGUGUGCUGCUUUGAUGUUGCAUAAGUAUCGUAAGAUAGCAUUGAAGGUUUAU